AUGGAUUCCGACGAGAUUGUCCCUGAAAAUACCCAGGUGGAGGUGGAGGUGGAGGAUCUGGAUGAGAAAUACCCUAAUCGGCCUCAUAAUCGCGCCGCAACACUCCCAUUCCAUGAUCUGUAUCUGAGCCUUUUCGACCCCCUCAGUGAUAUCAAAAAGAAACCCCAGGCUCCCAGCUUAGCUAGACGGAAAGCUGGACCUCACGGGAAAGGUGCAACAAGCUUGAACCCAUAUGAGCUCCGACGCGAUAUUAUCGCCCGUUUCAUUUCGCGAUGGCGCAAGGAAGUUGGAGACGACAUCUACCCUGCCUUCCGGUUGAUUUUACCGGACAAGGAUAAAGAUCGACCUAUGUACGGCAUAAAGGAGAAGGUUAUUGGAAAAAUGCUCGUCAAGAUCAUGAAGAUCAACAAGGAAUCAGAGGAUGCUUCCAACCUUCUGAACUGGAAGCUCCCAGGAGUAUCUGCCGCGCGAAUGGCAGGCGACUUUGCCGGGCGUUGCUACGAUGUCAUAUCGAAGCGACCGAUGCGGACUGAACCGGGUGAUAUGACGAUCGAAGAAGUCAACAAGAAAUUGGACGAUCUCUCAGCUGCGUCGAAGGAGGACCAGCAAAUACACAUUCUGGCAGAGUUCUACCGGCGCAUGAAUCCGGACGAACUGACGUGGCUCAUUCGAAUUAUUCUUCGCCAGAUGAAGGUCGGCGCUACGGAGCGUACACUCUUUAACGUCUGGCAUCCAGAUGCCGAGAACCUAUACAGUAUCUCCAGUAGCUUGCGCCGGGUUUGUUGGGAGCUGCACGAUCCAAAUAUCCGACUUGAGGCGGAGGAUCGCGGUAUCGGGCUGAUGCAGUGUUUUCAGCCUCAGUUGGCACAGUUUCAGAUGCACUCGUUUGAGAAGAUGAUUUCGCGAAUGCGGCCAACGGAGGAGGAUCCGGUCUUCUGGAUUGAAGAGAAGAUGGAUGGAGAGCGUAUGCAGCUUCAUAUGGCUCCGGAUGAAUCAGUGCCAGGCGGUCGCAGGUUCCGCUUCUGGUCGCGGAAAGCCAAGGAAUACACUUAUCUCUAUGGAAGUGGGAUAUACGACGAAAAGGGAGCUUUGACCAGACAUCUGGAAAACGCCUUUGUUGAUGGUGUGCAGAGCCUCAUUCUGGAUGGCGAGAUGGUGACGUGGGAUCCAAAGCAGGAUGCCCCGGUUCCUUUCGGCACAUUGAAGACUGCCGCCCUGGCGGAACAGCGCAAUCCAUUUUCCGAUGGACCAAGGCCACUCUUUCGUGUUUUCGAUAUUCUCUAUCUCAACGGGACCGAUCUCACCCGAUACACACUUCGCGACCGUCGCAAUGCUCUGGAGAAGACAGUCAUCCCUGUUCAUCGCCGCUUUGAGAUCCUCGAGUACCACGAAGCUACUACUGUAGCAGAUAUUGACAAAUGCCUGCGAACAGUCGUGGCCGAAGCUUCAGAAGGUCUAGUAUUGAAGAACCCUCGUUCACCAUACCGGCUAAACGAGCGCCAUGAUGACUGGAUGAAAGUCAAGCCAGAAUACAUGACCGAAUUUGGAGAAUCCCUCGACCUAGUGGUCAUUGGUGGAUACUACGGCUCCGGUCACAGAGGAGGUAACCUAUCAAGCUUCUUGUGCGGUCUACGAGUUGAUGAUCAAAACUCCUCGCGGUGUACAGACCCCAUGAAGUGCUGGUCAUUCUGCAAAGUCGGCGGAGGUUUCACUGCCGCCGAUUACCAGGAAGUGCGUCAUCAUACAGAUGGCAAGUGGAAUGAAUGGGACCCCAAAAAACCCCCAACUACCCUUAUUGAGCUGGCGGGUGGAGACGCCCAGCAUGAACGGCCCGAUAUGUGGAUCAAGCCGUCAGACUCGGUCGUGCUCUGUGUCAAGGCAGCCUCGGUGUCUGUGAGUGAUCAGUUCCGUAUGGGAUUGACCCUCCGCUUUCCACGCUUCAAGAAGUUGCGCAAAGACAAGAAUUGGAAGAGUGCUCUGUCAAUCCAGGAGUUCUUGGACCUCAAGUCAAACGCAGAACAGGAACAUCGGGAAAAGGAGUUUUCGGUGGACAAUUCCCGGAAGCAGAAGCGUGUGAAAAGGGCUGUGAAGAAAACGUUGACUAUCGCUGGAUAUGAUGAGAAGGAAAACGUGCAAUACUUUGGACCUUCUGGUCAUAUCUUUGAUCAUCUUAACUUUUUCGUCAUGACAGAGUCAACUGUGCCGGAAAAGAAGACAAAGGCUGAACUUGAGCAACUCGUCAAGGCCAACGGGGGCAAGAUCUAUCAGACAAAUACUGCAGCCCAAGACACCAUUUGCAUCGCUGAUCGCAGAACCGUCAAGGUGGCAUCUGUCCAGAAGAGCGGGCAGACCAACAUUGUCCGGCCAUCCUGGUUGAUCGACUGCGUCAAACAAAAUGAGAAGGAUGCCGGUCUGCCGGACCUCCUCUUACCUUUCGAGCCAAGACACAUGUUCUUCACCUUGGAGGACCAAGAUGAAGACGUCAAGUUGAACGUCGACCAAUUCAUGGACAGCUACGCCCGUGACACCACGGUUGAUGAACUGAAAGAAAUUCUCGAGCAGAUGCACAAAACAGAAGAGACACCCAGACCCCUAGAUCCCCACUCGAUCCAAAAGAUCGAAACCCACAUCCAAGACAAAAUCAACUCAGGCUAUACCGCACCACGUGGAUGGCUCUUCCGCGGUCUAACAUUCUUCUUUCCCUCAAGCCACCAGGCCAACGGCGAUGCAAACAGUGACUCGGAUUCGGAUUCUUCAAACUUCGCCACGAAAGAUAUCCGUCUCACUCUUGCGCGCAACACGGCACAGUUUGGAGGGGCUAGUAUUGUCACUUCCCUGAAGACUCAUGGUGUUACUCACGUCAUUGUUAAUACGGAGAUGAUUUCUUCAGCGGAGAUCAGCUCUUUGAGGAAAUCUCUGGCUGAUGGUUCAAGGAAGAAGAUACCUCACCUUGUGAGCUUGGAUUGGGUGGAGGAGAGCUGGGAGCAUGGGACGUUGUUGGAUGAAGAGAGAUUCCAGGUGCUGCGAUGA